AUGACGAGCAUCGUGUCAUCGAACCACCGUAGUUAUUGGUCGGUAGGAGGAGGAGGAGGAGGAGUUCAUAAUCAGGAACAUCUUAUUUGGGGUUUUACAAAAAGAUCGAGCAAUAAUAAGCUUCCACACUCCAGCAGAGGCCAUAAUUCUCAUUAUCAACACCAUGUUGGGGCAUAUGCACAUAGCUUGCCUCGCGGAAGAUUGAUAUUCUCAAAUGGUUCUUCUCAUUCAUCCGGUGCUUCUAGCUCCCACAAGAGAUGCAGGCCUGCGUUUGCCACUGUGGUGGAUGGUGGUGGUGAUGGUUCAGAUGAUGAUGAUGAUGAUGAUGCAGAAGAUGGAAAUAAGGAUGACCCUUAUUCUAAGGGAAGUGCAGCUGAUGGGGCAGGUAAGGAUGCAGUCAGAGAGAACCUUGAGAGAAUCGUGGGCAGAGAUGAUUCGAAGUUCAGUGGGAUAGACCUUGCCACGCUAAUCAGGAACAAGUACGGGAGGUCUUAUGAUGUUCAACUAAUAAAGAAGGAGUUCAUGGGGAGAAACCUCCUGGCUUUGAAUGUAAUGUGGAAGUAUAUGGAGCAGAGGUCGUUUCCGCUAACUGAAGAAGAGUAUUUGUUGAGACUGGACGACGUGGCUAACACAUUGAAGUGUUGGGGGGCAGUCUCCCAUAUCAGGAACAGCUUGGAGAAGUUGAAAGAGCGACCUCGCAUUGGCAAGGCAGUUAGCAUUUUCAUAGACAUGGACGAGACUGGAGGCCGUGCAAAUGAAUGGAUUUACAAGUAG